CAGAAUCCACGUUCUGGUGCUAAACAUGGCAACCUGCAGCAGAGCGGUGUGGAAAGUUUUAGCAGGAUGUCAGAAGCAGCUGCUGAGCGUCAACGCUCCCACUUCCACAGCUGCUCCAAGGAAUCUACCUGUCAGGACUUUUGCAGCUGUCAAAGCACUGAAGAAAGACAAAAAAGAUACCACAGACAAGGAGGUGAAGAAAAAGAGGGUAGUUGUCGAUGACAAAGACAGACACAAGCCUUUUGGUAAGACGGCGUGGGUGCCUGUGGAUGACGUGUACAUCAUGAGGUACUAUCCCAGGACCCUCCACAGCACAGCUGACACCAUCGGGAUGCUGAAGAAGUUCCAGGUGUUGGACUUCACUCCCAGCAACCAGCCGGUUUAUGUCGCUCUGAGGCUGGACAUGAAACUAGAGAAAAAGAAAAAAGUCGACCCCUUCGUCAGCACUGUGCACUUACCUCACCCCUUCAAGACGGAGAUAAACAAAGUCUUAGUUUUCACAGAGGAUCCUAAUCAAGCCAGGGCUGCACAGCAGAAUGGAGCAGCGUUUGCCGGGGGAGUCGAGCUCAUCCAGCCGAUCUUGGAUGAUGAAAUUUCAGCUGACUUCUAUGUAGCAGUCCCAGAAAUUCUGUCCAAGCUGUUGCCGCUGAAAAGCAAACUGAGAAAGAAGUUCCCGAAGAACAAGAGGGGCACAGUCAGCCCCAACAUUUCCAAGGCACUGGAGUUGUUUAAAACGGGUCAUGAGUACAUGGUGGAGAGCGACUGCUACAUUAGUACCCAGAUAGCUACGCUCGACAUGCCCAGCGAACACAUCUGUGCCAACCUGCGGACAAUCUUGACUGAUGUUUGCUCAUACCGACCAGCCAACAUGGGACCUUUCAUCGAGCGGGCGAUCAUGACCAGUCAAACCAGCGAGGCCAUCUGGUUCAGCGCUGAAGAUGUUCUGCCGAAGGCAACUGAGACCAACGACCAAUGAGAUGUUUCACAGACUGUAAAUAAGGAGGGUAAUGAAUAAAGUAAAUUUGUUCCGAC